UCGCGGGCCGCGCGGGGUGGCGGGGAGGAGCGCCGGGCCGCGCGGGGUGGCGGGGUCGCGCCUCUCCCCCCGCGGUUGAACCUCGGGAGCUGGCCCAGCCCGCGGCGCGUUCGCGGAGUGGGAGGGCCCCUCGGCGCGGGCGUUAGCGGAAGGUGUGAAGAGAAAAAAUGACACUCCAGUGGGUGGCAGUUGCAACCUUUCUUUAUGCUGAAAUAGGACUUAUUUUAAUCUUCUGUCUGCCUUUUAUUCCUCCUCAGAGGUGGCAGAAGAUUUUUUCAUUUACUGUCUGGGGUAAAAUUGCAACUUUCUGGAACAAAGCUUUCCUUACUAUAAUAGUCCUAUUGAUUGUUUUAUUUUUAGAUGCUGUGAGAGAAGUAAGGAAAUAUUCCUCUACACCUGCCAUUGAAAAAGGCUUAACCAGCAGACCUGGAGCCUAUGAACAUGUGCAGAUGAAACUUUUUAGGUCUCAAAGAAAUCUUUACAUUUCUGGAUUUUCAUUAUUUUUUUGGCUAGUGUUGAGACGUCUGGUUAUCCUUAUUACUCAGCUGGCUAAAGAACUGUCAAACAAAGGAGUACUUAAAACUCAAGCAGAAAAUACUAAUGAGGCUGCCAAAAAAUUCAUGGAAGAGAAUGAAAGACUAAAACGGCUCUUGAAAAGCUAUGCCAAGGAAGAGGAACACAUUUUGGAAGCAGAAAAUAAAAAACUAGUAGAAGACCAGGAAAAACUGAAAACUGAAUUAAAGAAGACUUCAGAUGCCCUCUCUAAGGCACAGAAUGAUGUGAUGACAAUGAGAAUGCAAUCAGAGCAACUUUCAAAAGAAUACGACCGACUCCUGAAAGAACAUGCAGAACUUCAGAAUUGUUUGGGGAAAGACAGUAAGAAGGGCCUGUGAACUUUGAAAGAAGAUUGUGUGACGCCAUGUGAAGAUCAGUUUGUUAUCAUGUUAGCCUCUAGAACGUUUAAAAUUCAGUUCAGAAAAAGGUACUAUUUGCAACUAGCCAAUAAUAUUUUUAAUGCCACAUGUAGGCUGUUAUCGUAACAGCGUGGUAACAAUAUUUGAUGAUGUUUCAGAUCUAUUAUAAAGUCUGUAUUCCAGCUCUCAUGUAAAAUGUAAGCAUGAUAAGCACGCUAUUGAGAUGUCUCAGUUGAGAGUAACACUGGUGUGUGGUUGCUGUUUACCAAUAAAAGGACAAAUUUAUAACCAGUUACUUCCAAAACUAGAUUUUUAAGUUGAUGAAACCAUUAAUAGCCUUAAAAGCUUUGAUGAGUUUUCAGUAAUAAUAAUAAUAACCUAUUUAAUGAGAUGAUGAUAAUGCUGAUAUAUUUGAAAAUAGUAUUCAGUAUCAGCAAAUUUGUUCAUAGGGAGAUUAAAUAAGGAUAAAUGAUCAGAAUUAGCCACUGUAUGCACAGGGAAGGGUCAUAAUGAGCAAAAAAUAAAAACGAUGACCUUAGUUGUUUUUUAUAAGCCUGAUGACACUAUAGUCUACUCUUAUAAGACAGCUAUAUUGAUAAUUAUAUUUUUGUUACUGUG